AUGGAAGAUGACAGUGACCCUGAGCAGAGCUGCUGGGCUGGUUUACCUGAUGUCUGUCUGAGGCAUGUCUUCCAUUGGCUAGAUGACAGGGACAGAUCUCGGGCUGCCUUGGUCUGUAAAAAAUGGAGUCGGGCCAUGUACUCAGGAUCACUCUGGAGAACCAGAACCAUCACAUUCAAUGGACGACCAUCAAGGGCACACACAUUUGAAUUUGAAACUGCUCUGUGGUAUGUCAAGAAAUUUGGAAAGUAUUUGGAACAUCUUGAAAUCAAGUUAUUGAAUCCUUACAAUGCUGUCUUGACCAGAAAAUUUCAAGUCACUAUGAGAGGUCUUCUUUCACAUUUGGGUAAAUGCAACAGCCGCCUGGUAUCCCUGAGCAUCCAGCACCUGGAAUUAGACCGUGCGGUCUGGAAAAGUGUGGUAAAGGCUCAGUUUCUAAAAAACUUAGGAACCUUCCUGAAAAGAAUGGGCAAACAUCUUGAUUAUCUCAACUUAAAAGGAGCAAGAGUGACACUGGAGGAAGGCUGUGAGCUUCUGAGUUCUUUGAGCUACUUGAGGAACAAAAGCUUUAUAUCUGAAGUCAAUAUUGAAGAUUUUUUUAGUCUCCACCUUCCCAUCUACAGCAGCACAUUGUUCCACCAAGCCGUGUCUAAGUUCCAAAGUCUGGUCAUCCUGACCUUCAAUUACAACUGCAUCUCUGAUGAACUGCUGGACAUCUUGUGUAAGCACAGUGCUCAUUCCCUCUGCACCCUGAAUAUCAAAUGCCAUAUCCAUGACCCUCAUGGGCAAGUGGUCUGGGGGAUGUCAUGGACAAACCUGGCCAAGAGAGCUCCACAACUGAACGUGAACUUCUUCUUUGAAAGAGUAAUGAAGCAUGAUCACCUAGCCAGGAUCCUGCUAGCAGAGAUCCCAGUCAGGAGCAUCAGUUUACGGAGCUGCUAUUUCAGUGAUCCAGACUGGACAAUGAGACCUACCCUCAUAAACCUCCUCCCAGCCUAUAGGCAUGUUCUGCAGAAAUUAACUCUUGAAGUAAACAAUGACCAUGAACUGCUGGAUGAUGAGUUGCUACAGCUUAUCUUAUCAUGCAAGAGGUUGUUUUUUUUGAAAGUCUGGGCAUUUCUUAGUGUCACCUUCAUGGAGAAGCUUCUACAAAACCGUUCAGAAAAGAAAUGCAUUUUGACUACCAUAAAGGUCAGGAUUUACACAGCUCGACAAGAGACCAGUGAGGAGGAUCGGCUGUUGCGUGAUAUUUACAGGAAGUUCAAAUACCUCAUUGAUUCAGAGCUUAAUUAUUUUGUCAUCACCUACCCAAUGGUAUAA